GAGAGUCUUCCAUUUUUACCCGAGUCCUGUGUGUGUGUGUGUGUGUGUGUGUGUGUGUGUGUGUGUGUGUAUGUGUGUGUGUACCUUCGAGCAAAGUUUUGUAUUGACAGAGAGUAUGGUAGGCGCCGAAGACGCGUGGUGAACAGUGGGUGGCAAAGUGCCCGGCUAUUAACCCCUGUAAGCUUCCCAUCUGUAACUGGAGCCGGAACAGGCGAGUCUGCGAACAAUACUGAUAUCUCAGUUGGUGCUAUCGUCGUCGUCGUCGUCGUCGUCGUCGUCGUCGUUAUUGCUGUUGUUGUUGUUGUUUAUCGUGCGGGUUUUUAAGCGGACAGCUUAGUGGCGUCACCAUGGAGACUUCCACAUCGGCAGCGGAUCAGUAUCGAAUAAAGAAGAUAGAGUCCAUAGGCAAGAUGACCGCUCUGUCGCAGGACGAGAUAGUGACGAGCACUAAGACGGUGGUGCAGGGGCUGGAUGCACUGCGCAACGAACACAAUGCCAUUCUCAACGGUCUCAUGUCCUCAAUCAAGGUACGAACAUGUAACGUUGGUGGUAACAAUGACAACAUGCUCUUACUCAAGGUACGAACAUGUAACGUUGGUGGUAACAAUGACAACAUGCUCUCACUCAAGGUACGAACAUGUAACGUUGGUGGUAACAAUGACAACAUGCUCUUACUCAAGGUACGAACAUGUAACAUAUGUGGUAACAAUGACAACAUGCUCUCACUCAAGAACGAGGAGAGCACGAUCAGCGAGAAGUCUGUGCUGUCGAACAAGGAGGAGCCACUCGAUCUCGGCUUCCCGGAGGAUGAGGAUGACAACAACCUGCUCGUGCGUGAGCUUGUACUAAAUGAUGUGAAAGCCAUGCAAUUAGUGGAUGAUCGACCUGCUAUAAGGCUGGAAGUGUCUAUAGUCCUAAGGUCUAUGGGUCGCUACGAGGUCGCUGUGCCUCUGUGUAAGCAAGCUCUGGAAGACCUGGAGAAAACAAGUGGACAUGACCAUCCAGAUGUGGCAACCAUGUUGAACAUUCUCGCGCUCGUAUACAGGGACCAGAACAAGUACAAGGAAGCAGCUAACUUGCUCAACGAUGCGCUGGCAAUCAGAGAGAGAACCCUCGGGGAGAGUCACCCAGCGGUUGCGGCAACGCUGAACAAUCUGGCAGUGCUGUACGGUAAGAGAGGCAAGUACAAGGAGGCAGAGCCACUGUGUAAGAGAGCACUGGAGAUCCGAGAGAAGGUGCUUGGUAAGGACCACCCUGAUGUAGCAAAACAGCUGAACAACCUGGCUCUGCUCUGCCAGAACCAGGGCAAGUACGACGAGGUUGAAUACUACUACCAGAGGGCGCUGGAGAUAUACGAAUGCAAACUAGGGCAGGAUGAUCCUAACGUCGCCAAGACCAAGAACAAUCUGGCGUCGGCAUACCUGAAGCAGGGCAAGUAUAAGCAGGCGGAGAUUCUCUACAAGGAGGUGCUGACCCGCGCGCACGAGCGCGAGUUUGGCUCGUCCGAUGUAGAGCACAAACCCAUCUGGAAGGUGGCAGAAGAGAGGGAAGAAAAUAAGGGCAAGAACAAGGAAAACACACCAUAUGCUGAGUAUGGCGGUUGGCACAAGGCUGCUAAGGUUGACAGCCCCACAGUGAUGACUACGUUGAAGAACUUGAGCGCCCUCUACCGCCGGCAGGGCAAGUACGAGGCAGCGGAAACGCUGGAGGAUUGUGCCAUGCGCUCCAAGAAGGAGGCGCUGGACAUGGUGAGGAGCAGCAGUAAGUCGGAGCACCUGGACGGCGAGAAGCAGAAGCGACGAUCGGAGAACCGUGAACGACGACGCGAGUCGCCCGACGUCAGCGGCGGCAGUCAUCACUCCCUCGACGCAGACGAGAAGCUGAGGCGAAGCGGCUCGUUCUCUCAACUGCGCGCCUCCAUCAGACGCAGCAGCGCAAAGCUCAUACAGAAGCUGAAAGGUCGUGGAGAGUUCGGCUCGACGGGCGACCUCAGCAGCAUGAGACGAGCAAGUAGUCUGUCUGUUCUCCCAUCUGGUAGCAAAACGGACGAAGGUAUACAGCUGAGCAGCCUAGGAUCCAUGACGCGAACCGUGAGUUCGGAAGUGUUACCACGACAACGAGAGCUAGUAUGAUGUCACCAAUGCUGCCAUCUGUCUGGCGUGUACUCUUGGCAGAUUUAGGUGAUCUGGCCCGGGAUACUUUACCAUGCCAGGCCCCGAUGAGUGCGGGUUUGUUCUAAUGAAAUUUCCAUAUGACCCUGCUAGUGCGAAACAGUAAGGGUUCGUGCAAAUAAUUGUUAAGCUGGCGUUAGAGGAAGUUGUAAGAUAUUUUUUGUUUAAAUCGUUCGAGUUUGCCUCGCAUCCUCGUUUUUUUGUAAAAUUUUUUAUUGUCUUUAAAUUUAUGCAAUAAUUGCUUCAUUGCAAGUUAGACAAUGAAAGGUACAGAUGGUAUACGCGCGAGACAUGAUUUCACACGUGUGCUAGUAUCGUGUAUUUAUUUACGUGUAUGAAAUUUUAACGAUAUCAUUAAGUCAUUCUAAUUGCUCCGAUAGAUGCCGGUAGAAAGGUCAAUAGUUUGUAAAAUAUUUUUGCAGUUGCUAUGCGGCUGAUUAGUCAAUGGAAGGAAGCGUUUGAUUUUAUCGAGUGUAAUGUAAUUUUUUGUAUCGGAGGUGUAUCUAUGCGUAUGUUGUGCAUAAUUUAUUUAUUUUUAUUCGCGCUUUUUAUCCUGUAGAUAGUAAAUUGCACCGAUCAAUCACCUCAAUUUCUCGCAUUUGAAUCGAGGCAGUAUACAUGACUGAGCCAUUAUUGCCACUUAGAAAAUUCAGAAAAAAGGCCAGUAUUAUUAAAACUUGUUAUAAUAUUUUCUAACCAUAUGGACAGGUUGCUUCGUGCAAUUUUUGGUAUUCUACUAGGUAUUGUGCAGUAGGAAUUAUGCAUCCCAUCAAACAACUUGACUUGGCCACCGCAAUGACAGUGAAAAGUAAAACCGAUUACAUAAAUGUGUAUUCUUCCUCGUGGUAAAUUUGCAAGUCUUUGGCCAGAGUAAAAAAGAAUUCAGUUGUUAAGUAUAUUUAUUGUGACGUUAGACUACGAAACAGGUAGACUAUUAUUCAUAAUGAUAAAUUGAUCCACCUGGAGUGACGUAUGUGUAGCUUUAACCAAUCGGUGUUGCGAUAGGGGCAAUCUAAACAACAAUGCUUAGUUCCGAAGUGCCGCAAAGUUGACAUUUUAGCGUGCACGCGUGGCAAUCAUGUACAAACUGGCCCAGCUUGCCAGACCUGGAAACAAUAUCCCAAGGUGACAUGGUCAUCUCGCUCAGAUGGAUAGAUCAUUUAUGAUAGUUACAAUAUUAGUCUAGGUAGAUGGAUGGCAGUAGGGUGCAUACAAUCGCAGGAAACCACACUUAUAGUACAGGUGCUUUGGUGUGAUCACGUAUUGCUAAGGAUGAAUGAUUUGCUGUGAUAACAGGUGUACAGUUGUUGUUUUUUGUGGAGAUUAUUUCGUGAGUGAAUUGAUUUUUGUUUUACCGAAGCAGAUUAGUGGAUUUAUCAUUUGAACGUUUCUCCGAUCAGUGAAGACUGGAAGCUUGUCUCCUUGUCAGCCGAAUUGAUCUAUCAGUAUAUUAUUAAUGCAGAGACAUCCACACUUGAUUAAAGAGAUCAUAAAUUAAGAUUAGAAG